GCCCGCCGCGGAAACGUCAAUAAAUAGCCUGUUGUCAUAGAUUUUUGUCUCUCUCCUUCGUGACAAUUUCUGUCAGCCUGUCAGUGACAUACGCCAUGUUUGUUUCUGGCUCUACGCCCAAUCGUCGUCUUGUCAGGACUGACUUUCAAUGAAAUUCAGACUUAUCGCUUAAGAGGCACUUUACUUCCGAACUGGUCGUAAUAUGUUCUGUCCACUGACCUCAAGCCUGAUCUAUUAGUUGAACUGUGUGUGUAGUUGUGCUCUGGUCAGAAGAGGAGGAAUAAUGAAAACUACAGAGGAAGCACAUUACUUAACGGAGAAUAUCUACAAGAAUUUAUCCAGCAAGUUCAACCCUCUGACCAAACAGGUUCUUAUCAAUGCCAAGUCCUAUCACAAAGCUUUACUCGCUACAUCGUCUGCAGCCAGAGGUUACAUAGAAUCUAUUGGAAAACUAGGUCACGACUGCAAGACUCAUGCCAGCAGCGGUACCGAAGAAAUUGGUCAGUCUAUUUAUAGAGUGGCGGAGGCGUACAAAGAAAUUCAAAUUAAAUUUGAGGAAUGUACAAAAGCAAUUUUCACAGAAGUAAUUUUACCUUUGGAACAGAAGCUGGAUACAGAAUUGAAAGCCUGUGUCGCCGAACAACGAAAGUAUCAUCAAGGUCACAAAGAGGUCACUGGACCUUAUACGAAAGCUGUUGCUGCCCUUGAGAAAUUCAAGAAGAAAAAUCAAUCCAAAGGAAUAUUCGACGCAGAAAAAGAAGCACCCCACACCCGGGCUGUGGCCAAGUACCAAGAAAGAUUAGACGAGUUUAGACUUCAAGGUUUAAAACUGGCCAUUCUAGAAGAAAGAAAAUGUUACUGUUUUGUUCUGUCACGCUUAGCGUCUGUAGCAACGAUACAGCUCCACUACCAUGACAGAGCUCUGGACUGCCUGACAGAUGAUCUGGUAAUAUGGAGACAGUUGGCUGCACAGCCUCGAGCAUUACCACCCGCAGUAGAUUCAUUGCUCAGACCUAAUAAGGCUGACCAGCCUAAAGACAUUCUAAGUAUCAGAGCGUCCAAUCCAAGAGCUGAUGACACUUCCUAUUGCAUGAAUGCAAGCAGUCACACCAGUUAUAUUCCUGGCCGAGACUACGAUCAGUUGAGCAGUUUCCCGCCAAUACAGUCAGUGGAGACUUGGAAAACAUUCCCUCAUUCAGUUGAACAAAGCAGCAGUCAAACGUCUUAUGAUGAACCAAACCAUGGGAACAUGUCGAGGCCGCCGCCAACAAGAGCAAAGAGCGUCACUGACCUCAGGAAUUACAGUUUCGGUGCUGGACUGUCCAACAUAGGCACUGAAACAGUACCGAAUACACCAGGCGCUAGCAGACGACCUAAAUCUCUGCACGAGUCUACAAUAGCGUCAGCUUGGACCAACGCUUUCUUUCAUCCCAAAGAUGACCAGCAGAAGCACACGAGCCUCGGCCAGUCCUCCUAUGACCUUGAAACCCACUCCAGCGGGCACGACUCUUACCGGAGCUUCAACUCGUCCAGCCCUCCCCUGCCACCUCCACCUCCGGAUGAGAUGACCCCAUGGAGCAGUGUGCACAGAGAUCGUCCACCGGAGGUCGCCGUCCGCCAGAGAUCCAAUUCCAUUGGUGCCUAUUUGUCCGGCAACAACGCGCCCGCGCAUCACGCCACCAGCAUCGUUUACAAGCCGGACAAGAUGAACACUCCCUUUCAUCAGAUGCAGCAGCAAGCAGCGUCCCUCCGCUCCCAGCCUCCACCUCCUCCACCGCCUCCACCACCUCCCCCACCACCUCCUCCAGUGAAAUAAAUUCAAAAAGACCUGAUCACGUGUGGUGCUUUAACUGACUUUAUAGUCUGUGUGAUAUAAUCUACGGUUAAGAAUGUAAUUUAUGUGAUAUGUAGUUUAACUGAUACUAAAUUGUUCAUUCCUUUAUGCAUAAUUCUGUUACUUUUUUAAAAUCUACUUUUGUUUGUAUUUAUUUGAAUGCAUCAUCCUUAUGAUGAUAGUGGCACCAGGAAAUACAACUUGGUGACAUCUAUGAAGGUAAUAGAUUGGUAGAGCACUUGAUUGCUGAAACAAUGGUUUCCAAUUGUAUUCCCUAAAAAAUGAGGCUUGCGAUUUGUUAUCAAUCUCCCCUCCAAGCUAAUUCUUGGAAAGAGAAUGCCUUGGCCGUGGCCGAGUUAAUGGUCAAUGGCCACACAAAACAAUUAAAAAGUGAUGAAGUGUUUGCCUGUCAUGAGGAACUCAGUUGUGUGUUGGUAACUUGUGGACGAUAGCUCUUGUAGUUCCAGCGGCUAAGGAUUGUGUCUGCGCUUUGUGACACAAAUCAGUCUCAGUUCUGUUGUGUAUGUUGAUCCAUUACCUCUUAUUAUUUCAGAGCCUCAACAAUGUCGUGGCUGCUGGUCAUUUAUGUUGGAAACAAUGCGAUCACAAGCAUCAGUGACAUUUAGUUCUUUAUUUUAAAAAAAAAACUACUGGUGUCUUAUGUUUAUAUAUGUAUAUUAGAUUUUUUGAAUAUGUGUUAUCAGCAGCAGACGCCUUGGCUGGAUCGGCCACGUUCAUUGAGUGUAUGCAAACGCGACAUAGAGCUCUUCAAAAUCGUCACUAGCAGCUGGGAAAAAGUAGCGCUGGAUAGAUCCACAUGGAAAGCGAGUAUAAAGGAAGGGUCUCGGAUUGCAGAUGCCAUACACAACAGUAGUAGAAAGAAUUGUGAAAAUGCAACGGCGCCUGGUGAUUAGAUAUGCUCAACCUGUGACCGCAACCGCAGCUGUGUAUCAAGGAUUGGCCUCUUUAGAUCGUCUCUCGAGACGUAAAAUCCUACAGAUGUAUAAUAUUAGACUACACGAUAUUACAAAGUAGUUUUGCAAGGUUAGACUUAACAAGCUCAAAGGAAACGAUUGUUUUUCUGAGUUCUGCCAUAAAAUCUCAAGAGUGAAAGAAGGAUGCUCUUGAAGAUGACGAGGCUACUGCUAGCAUUGGCGUGAGAAAAAUUGCUAACGCGUUUUCCGGAUGAUAAAAAACCUUGGUAUAAUCUACAAAGGGUUAGGUAAAGGUAAAUUUCGUAUUUGUAGUCAAAAUACUAAUUCUAGCUUCCUUACCAGUUUCCCACUAUUUCUGAUUGACUGUUCAACUAGGUCUUUGUAUCUCCAUUUGUCUUAGAGUAUUCCUACAGCUACAGUUUUAGGGAUAACUCUACGAGUACAUGACAUCAUAGACAUGACAUGACAUCACAUGACACUUGCACACCAAUCAUUGACUUGUUGGUAACUUCCGUUAUCGGGUGAACCAAUGUUGAGUUGAAAACACACGAGGUAAAAAAAAAGUCAUUAUAUUGAGAUUUUAUGACAUGCGUAAUCUCUUUCUAAAGAUUAUGUGAAAGUAUUUUUGUUAUUUCAAGACAGAGUUAAUAUUGUUAACUCAAAGCACAUGUUUGAAUUAUUUUCUUUCCUGACUCAUUAUAAAAAAGUUUGUAAAUAAAAUGUUUUGAAUCUAAUAUUUCAUACCUUUACUUGUUACACAAACUUAUGUUAUUAUUGGACUGUGUUAUAACGCUAUGUUUAACUCUUGUGAUUUCUAGUGUAUAAACUGAUUUCCUUGUAUCAAAUAAUAUUGCACUACAAUCUACAGUAGGCAAGACGUGUUAGCAGCUCCUGUCUAUGAAAUAAAUCUGAGAACAACAAAAAUGUGUAUAAUAUUUAUGGAUAAUUUGUAUUUGUGUUCUUCUAAUAAACAGAAUAAAUUGAUCUCACUCUAA